CGUAAAAGAUACUAAAGCCGGCAGUACUAAUAUUUAAAGAGGCCGAAGAGUUGAGCUGCAGCUGCAGAGGGGUUCCAUGUUUGGUCAGUUUAAAAGACGCGCCAGAAGACGCUAGGCCGCUAGCCUGCAUCGUGCUGCCCUCUCGCGGUGCUUCGCCUAACCUCGCUCCACCACACAAGGCGGGCAUAAAGUGACCGGUUCCUCAUCUCAGUGAAACAGAGACCCACACUAGAACAGACUCUGUGACGUAGCCCAGUCAUGUUUAGUGAAUUGCAAAUGGUGGACGUCUGUUGUCGCGAGUGUCGUGUUCCUCGAAAAUAAUGAUUUACGCGUGGUUCAUAAUGGGUUGAAGGCGGAGAAGUGUGUUAAAUCAAUUUGUAUUAUGCAAUUGCAUAUAGUUUAAUUGUUGUUUAGCUUUCACAGUAAAAGUGCAGUCAUGGCGACGGAUAAAAUUAAAGUAGCGGUGAGGGUUCGACCAUUUAACAGAAGAGAACUCGAACUUGGGACGGACUGUGUCGUCGAAAUGGACAGUGACCAGACCAUUCUGCACCACCCCAAUACCCUGGACAAGAUGGAAAG